AUGAGCGAGUCGGAGAAGGUGCAGACGCAGACUGUCGAGUCCAAGUCCGACCCACCGAGAACUAACCCACUUCUUCCUCAUCAGACCGCCGCCGACUAUCUCGACCCCACAAACGAGCCAGAGCCGUCGGAAGAGACCGGCCUGGGCACGCACUUCGGCAGCACUUUCGACCCGAACAUGAAGAAAGAAGCGCCCAAGCAGCCAGAAACGGCCAAGUCGGCAAAGGAAAAGCUCGCCACCACGUCUUCCACCAUGACCACUGCCCAGCUACAGCAAGCGGCUACCGAGGGCGAUCCAAACAACUUGAUGCAGACCAAGAGAUAG